AUGUCAAAGAGGAACGAAAAAUCCAAGAAAAAGAAACGAAAGAAUCGCAUGCGAUCCUCAGCUGCUCUGGCUUCUUUGGACUUUCCUCCCCUUCCUAUUUUCAACGAUGAAGCUUCUUUGGAUCGUGCAGUUCGUUAUGCAAUUAGAGCCGCUGUUGGAAAUGAUGAACGUCGUCGACGGGGAUUGCACGAAGAAGUCAUGCACGAAGACGAUAGCUCAGAGUCGGGACAGGAAAGUGAUGUUCAGCUUCCCUCUGCUGCUGGAAUCAUGGCAGAUGGCCAAGCAGCCGUUUCAAGCGCUCUUGUCCACGAAGAAGUUGAUGCUGUUUUGGCUGCUGCUUAUCUUCCCAUGGAUCCGAUUGAAGUUCGAUUUGCUCGUUGUGAAGCUCUUGCUGCGCAUGGAUAUAUACCUCAG